AUGCCUAGAUUAUUCGGCAAGAAGAACAAAAGUAGCGAGAACUUGACAGACAGCAGUUCUCAAAACAGUGAUCAUGCUGGCGACCCGCCCCGCCCUGACGGUUCUGGUAAGGAAGCAAAUGGCGGAUCGAAGGUGACUCGAUCUUCUUCUGAUCAGAACUUACCUCCAGCUCCACCGGCCCGACCCAAGUUAGUUUUCCACUGUCAACAAGCCCAUGGCAGCCCCACGGGAAUCAUUUCAGGCUUUACAAAUGUCAAAGAACUAUAUCAAAAGAUUGCUGAUUGCUACGACAUACCUGUGUCUGAGAUUCUGUUUUGUACACUGAACACGCACAAAAUUGACAUGUCCCGACUGUUGGGUGGACAGAUAGGCCUGGAGGAUUUCAUCUUUGCUCAUGUCAAAGGUCAGCCAAAGGAAGUUGAUGUGACAAAAUCAGAAGACGCCCUCGGUCUUACUAUUACAGACAAUGGGGCAGGAUAUGCUUUCAUCAAACGUAUCAAGGAAGGGAGCUUAAUAGACAGAACUCCGUUGAUAGCCGUAGGCGACCAUAUUGAAAAAAUCAACGGAGAAAGUUUAGUGGGCUGUCGACAUUUUGAAGUUGCCAAAAAGUUAAAAGAAAUUCCAAAGGGAUCAACGUUCACCAUUCGCACAGUAGAGCCAUUGAAGUCUGGCUUCUCAAAUAUUGGGCCUGCGGCAGGCAAAAAAGGUGGAGGCAGCAUCGGCUCAGGCAAGCAGACCCUGAGGUUGAGGUCCAAGGGUCCUGCAACAGUAGAGAUGCCUGACGAUGUUGUUGACGUGGCUACAGACAAGCUCAAUGGGUUGCUGGAAUCAUUCAUGGGGAUCAAUGACACAGAAUUAGCCCAGACAAUAUGGGAACUAGGAAUCAAAGCCAACAACCCACACGAGUUUGCAGAAAGCCUGGACAACUCUGACCUGCAGGUGUUUGGAUUUACUGACGAUUUUGUCUUCGACAUGUGGGGAGCCAUCUCAGAUGCCAAGAGUGGGCGGCUAGCCAAAGCUGCAGAAUUCAGCGAGCAGUUUUGA